GCUGCUGCGCCUUCAUGGAUAAAGCACGCGUGAAAUAAGGUGUCGUCCCGCGUUUAUCUUCGUAACGCAAAAAUGUCCAAAGCCAAGCAUGGUGAGGCGGUCAGGGUGGUGGUUCGAUGCCGGCCGUUCAGCAAAGCAGAAGAGAUGGCGGAGUGCGAAAACAUUUUGGAGAUCGAUGACAAAGUCGGUCAGAUCACUGUCAGGAACCCGACGGCGUCACCUGGUGAACCCAUGAAGACCUUCACGUUUGAUUCCGUCUACGGCUGGGAUUCAAAACAAAGGGAUAUUUAUGAGGAUGCAGUGAGACCGCUGGUGGAGUCUGUUCUCCAGGGCUUCAACGGGACUGUGUUUGCUUAUGGACAAACCGGCACAGGUAAAACCUACACCAUGCAGGGGGUUUCAAACGAUCCGGAGAGGAGGGGGAUCACACCAAGUGCGUUUCAACAUAUUUUCACCCAAAUAUCCAGGACGCAGAAUCAGAAAUACCUGGUGAGGUCGUCCUAUCUUGAAAUCUAUCAGGAGGAAAUCAGGGAUCUCCUGUGCAAAGAUAAUAACAAGAAACUGGAACUGAAAGAAAACCCCGAUUGUGGGGUUUAUGUGAAAGACUUGUCCUCAGUGGUCACAAAGAAUACCACAGAGAUUGAACAUGUGAUGAACAUAGGCAACCAGUCUAGGUCUGUGGGGUUCACCAACAUGAACGAACGCAGCUCUAGGUCUCAUGCAAUCUUUGUCGUAACCGUGGAGUGUAGCGAGGAAGGUCCUGAUGGUGAGGACCACAUCCGAGUUGGUAAGCUGAACAUGGUUGACCUGGCUGGGAGUGAACGCCAGAGCAGGACUGGAGCCAAAGGGAAGCGGCUAAAGGAGGCAGCCAAAAUCAACCUGUCCCUCUCUGCUCUGGGGAAUGUCAUUUCAGCUCUUGUGGAUGGCAAGAGCACCCACAUCCCCUAUAGGGACUCCAAACUCACCCGCUUGCUCCAGGACUCUCUGGGUGGCAACGCGAAGACUGUUAUGAUCGCGACAGUGGGACCAUCGCAUGAGAACCACGAUGAGUCCUUGUCCACGCUGAGGUACGCCUGCAGGGCCAAGAACAUUAAGAACAAGCCUCGGAUUAAUGAGGACCCCAAAGACGCCUUGUUGAGGGAGUUCCAGGAGGAAAUUGCACGUCUGAAAGCUCAACUGGAGGAGCGAGGGAUGCUUGCGAAGGAGCGGAGGAGAAGGAGGAACAGUAGGAGAUUGAGUAAAAGUAUGAUAGGCGUGGACGAGGAGCUCCUCAAAGAGAGAGGGGCCGAGGUUUGGAAGGCUGUGGAGGAGGAACCAGUUGUGGAGCAUCUGUGCACAAAAGAGGCAAGUGACCGCCUCAAGGUUCCGAACCCUGGCAGCAGCAGCAGAGAAAAGCCAAAACAACCAUAUGCAAACCGAAGAAGCAUGGACGACAUCCAGUGGGAUCAAGAUGCUUUAGAGAAGAUCAUUGAGAAGUAUAAGGCCAUGGAGAGCAAAUUGUUAGUUGGAGGAAAGACCAUCAUUGAUCACACCAACGAACAACAAAAAAUGCUGGAACUGAAAAGGCAAGAAAUUGCCGAACAGAUUAGGCAAGAGAGAGAGAUGCAGCAGCAGAUGAUGUUACAGGAGGAGGAGACGUUAGAAAUGAGAGAAACAUUUUCCUCCCUACAGCAGGAGGUGGAACUGAAGACAAAGAAACUGAAGAGGCUGUAUGCCAAAUUGCAACUGACGAAGGCAGAGAUGAGAGAUGUCAUUGAUGAGCACAUCGUCACGAGGCAGGAGCUCGAACAGACACAAAAUGAACUCACCAGAGAACUCAAGUACAAGUGUCUCUUGAUUGAGAAUUUUAUACCCCCGGAGGAAAAGAACAAGAUUAUGAAUAGGCUGCAGUUUGACAGUGAAGAGGAUCAGUGGAGACUCCAACCAGUCAUUCCCUCCAAAAGUGCUCCUGCUCAUGUCAGGAGAAGGCCUCUCUCUGCUGUGGGAUACAAGAGACCAAUCAGCCAAUAUGCACAGAUGGCUGUUGCCACAGCAACAGGAGACCCAUCGCGAUACCAGGCUGAGAAUAUUAUGCUGUUGGAGUUAGAUAUGACUCCACCAACUAUGUUCACCCUGAACCUAAAUGGAGCCCAUCUGGAGAGAGUGUUCUCUCCCAGGCUGACACGAGAUCUCCUGGUCAAUGUUCCCGUUAGAGAGAGGACCACCGCAUCCCGGGUCAGGAAGUCACAGUCCUGGUACCAGACACAAGCAACAUCUGUUGUAUCAUCCUCAUCAUCCACAACUCUGAUAUCUGGUGCUCAGUGCAUCUCUCCCUCUCAGAGACAGAGACCGUCCUCUGCUGCUUACGUGUCAGCAGGAGAUCCACCUCAGACAAGCCCGUAAGAUUUGAAUGAAAGAGUGGAGCAAAAGACUUCAGUCAACAUGGGGC